AUGUAUUUCACCAACAUCCUUGCCACUCUCCUCUCGGCCCUCCCUAUUACCCUCUCCGCACCUGCAACCGGCAUCCAGGCCCGCUACGACGACCCAUACCAAUGCGGCUACGUCCUCACCAAGCCCAAGAGCAGCGUCUUCGCUGGCCUCUCCGCAUAUUCAUCCUGUACUCCCAUCUACUACAACGAGUCCAUCCCAGGAUAUCAAGAUGCCUACGCCUAUAGUGUAUUCGGAGGAUGUCGCUGCAAUUUCUACGUGAGCGACACUCAGUGUGCUGAGGCUGCGACUCGUCAGUCCUACGAGGGCCCGACACCUGGUGAGCCCGGCCAGGAGCCUUGCUUCGAGGAGCCUAAGCCCAAGUGGUACACUUGCGCUCGGACUGGUUGA